AUGGAAGAGUGUUGGAUUAAUGAACAUGAUCGAAAGUUCUUAAGAUCUGGAUCUCAACAAAUUAUCUUAAAAGCUCUAAACGAUUCUAGUGAUCCAAAUGAUACUUUUUUCAAAGAGGCACUUGCUUAUCUUGAAAUUUUUAAGGAUAAUAAUUUAUCUACGUCGCUUAUUAAUUGUUUCAGUAUGACACAGCAUCCAAUAAGUAGUGGUUAUAUGUUAAUUUUAAGAGUUGCACGUAGAUAUUCUUUACUUCUUGACGUAACCUCGGCUUUUAAAGAAAUUCAUAAUAAUUAUAUGGUACAUAAAUAUCUCCCCCAUGGCAACAUCUUAUUAGAUGGAAAAAGAUGGUUAUUAUGUGAGUUAAGAUUUUGUGGACCAGCUAAUAAAGGACAAACUUUCAGAAUCAUACCAUAUGUUGCACCAGAAGCGGAGAUUAUCUGA